AUGGAAACGAGUGCGAGACAGCCGAACUUCUCUCAGGAGGAAACUGAUGCUCUGGUCCGGGAGGUCCAGUCUCGCAGUGGCCGGAUAUACGGUCACGCGAACAGACCUCCACGGGUCGAUGAUGCAAAAGCAGCCUGGGAAGAGGUAAGUGCUGCUGUCAAUCAAGUUUGCCCGGACGUGCUGAGAACCGCUGCGCAAUGCAAAAAGCGGUUCAAUGAUGUUAGACGACGGGCUAAACUUAAAUUAUCCCAACACCGUCGCCAGACUGCAACGACCGGAGGCGGCCCCUCAACGAGUGUGGUGCUGAGCCCUGCGGAGGACGUGGCGUCCUCCACACUCCCCAAAAUUAGUAUCGAGGGGUUUGGUGUCUCUGAGGUUGGACUCACGGGUAAGACAAACAUUCUUUUCCACAAAUAAAGACACUAACAUGUAUAUUUAACCACGUGUUACUAAGGUGUGUUGUGUGCACAGGUGAUCUGAAAAAAUGCCAUGCGUAAUGGGAUUGAAAUCGGAACCACCUGUGCGUAAAGACGGAUCAAACAAAGCCUGAUUGUAUUUUCUCCCCCUUUCCGCUAAUGUUUGCAUCUGAAAUGAACUUUGCUCACACAAUUUCUAACUUCUUUAUUCUAAAUGAAAGUAUUAACAUUUUAAAAAAAAAGAAUUUCUGUGAUUUACUAAAAUAAAAUUUCUGGUCAGCCUCGGCAGAAUUGCCGCCGUCGCGGCAGCAGCACACCACAAGGAGGGAGGAGGAGGAGGAGGAGGAAGAACAGCAGCAGCAGGUGGUCGGGGGGGAGGAGAAGGAGGGAGAGGACGAAGACGACCGUGAGGAGGAGGACCAGGGGGAGCCGGAGCCGGUGCCGGAGACGCGGGAGGGGACAGGACGUGGAGACGAGCCGGCAACACGGGGUCGGAGACGAAACCGCGUUCAGCGGGAGGACCAGCCCUUCCUGGACACCCAGCGGGCUGGUUUUCUGAUGUUGGAGAGGGAGCUGGGGUCAAUGGGGACGCGGCUUGGGUCGCUGGAGGCCCAGGUAAAGGCUCUCCAGGAGGUCCUCCAGGCCAGCCUGCUCCCCUUAGCCGCUGGCGUUGCGACACUGCAGCGGCUGGUCCAGGUAGCCGAAAGGCUGCUGCCACCAGCAGAAUCAUCCGCCCCCGCCUGUCCCAGGUGGCCGCUGAGGCCGCGCACAAGAGGGGGGCGGCCCCCUGGGUUGACUGACCGACUGCAGCGUCCAGACCCAAGAGGAGGAGGAGGAGGAGGAGGAGGAGGAGGAGGAAGAAGAAGAAGAAGGGGGGUUGGGAGGGGAGAAACACAAUAA